AUGGAGCGAAUUAGACUCAAUCCGUCAAAAUGGUGGUCCAGGUUGGACCUGGAUACUAGGACUAUCCUCAUGAUGCUGAAAGGUGCUCUCGCGCCUACAAUCACUAUCGCGAUCUACCAGAGUGAUGCCAUAUCCAACAUCACCACAACAAUCGGCUACCUGUCGGCUUUGAUGUCAGUAGUGGCACAAGGCCUCAUGCCGAGAGCCAAAUUCCUGAAGAUCAUGUUCUUCAAUUUAGCAGCGGUCUGUGUUUCUGCAUCACUCUGUUGCCUAGCUGUGCUAUGUGCGGUGAAGGCUAGAGAACAUAACACCCCGUCCGAUGCGAGCGAGAGCAUUCGUAAUGGAUACAGCAGUGAUGCGUGCGCUGUUGCCGGCAUAUGGCUGAUCCUGAUGAUUUGGGGCGCGAAUGCUCUGCGUGCACUGAAGCCAAUGGAGCUGCAAGACCCUAUGGUCGCCUUCUCAAUAUUUGCAUCAGUGACGAUCACGCGUGCAGGAACUUUUGUGACAUUGACUGAGGGUCUCGAAUUCGUCUCGCGACUAUUGAAAGGUUUCAUGAUUGGCUUUGCCAUCGCGACCGGUGUCUCAUUAUUCAUUUUCCCAAUCACCAGCCGAGGAAACCUGUUCCACGAUAUCAAAGGAUAUGCCGGCUCAAUCGAAGCAGUCCUCGAAUCACAGAUAACCUAUGUACAGGGAAACCCUGUCACCGGUCUUCUUUCCGGCAGAGGCCUUCUUCGACGUGCAAGGACUGCCAAAAGCGCCCGGGAUGUGUCAGAUGACGACGGUGCCGAAUGGGAAUCAAAGCAAAAGCAGCCGCAGCUGGAAAUGGCGAAGCUCAAUAGCUUGCAUAGUAGAUUGCAAGCCGAUCUAUUCUAUUCCAAAGACGAAAUUGCAUGGGGUAAACUGACAGCCAAGGAUCUGAGCGAGAUCGAGCAUCUCUUCCGCAGUCUUCUCCUCCCUCUCUCCGGAAUGUCAAUGUUACCUGAAAUAUUGGAGUCUAUUGUCAAUAAUGAGACUCGCGAAGAGGGAAUCGCCGAUCUUGACGAUCCCGACCAAGGGGCAUUGAAACAAUCAGAAAUUCGAAGAGUGGCGGAGACACUGCAUGAACGGCUAGUCGAUUCCUCAAAGCUUGUUCAGCAGGGUCUCCACUACUUUCUGUUGGCUUUGGAACUUGCCAAACCCAAGCGUUUCAAAGAUCAGAAAAAGCCUCGCGGUUCGUCGACUGCCAGGGACGAAGAAUCAAGGGGUGAAACUUUAUCAUCAACAGACCUGGACUUCCCUGUGCGAUUUGAACAAGAGCUACACGGAUACUACUCUCGUCGGAAACACCUACCCCAGGCGUUGGCGUCUCUUGAGGCAUUUGCAGCCACAGAAAAGUAUGACGUGGACACACCGACGGAAGAGCCGUCACAUAUUGCAGGUGACCCAGAGGUGCGACAGGAGUUCUUCAUGAUCCUGUACAUGGGCCAUCUUCAAGAUGAUAUGCUGAAUGCGACAUUACAGCUCGCGCAGUUUGCGCAUAGCAAGAUAAUAGAUGGGACUAUGGGCCGGAGUCGACUCAUAUUCCCAAAGCAAAGAUCUAUCCGAGAGUGGCUCUCACUGAAUCGCAAUAAAAAGGAGCACGAGGCUUCAUCGGAUAGCAGACAGUCAUCCAAUGUCAAUCCCUCCGCAAUCUACCAGGAUCAGCCUUCAGCUCGGGUUCCAGAUCCCGAACACCUCCCCCCUGAGAAUGUUUGGGAGAAGGGAAGCACGAUAUUACGUACCAUUUCCCACGUCAUCAAGUCUGACCAGAGCAUCUUUGGGUUUCGGGUUGCUGCCGCUUCAUUUUCCGUCGGAAUACUUGCCUUUUUGCAUCAGACACAAGAUUUCUUUAUUCGACAGAGAUGCAUUUGGGCGAUGAUUGUGAUCGUCAUUGGGAUGAAUCCAACAAGUGGCCAAACCAUGUUUGGAUUCGUUGCUCGGAUCGCCGCAACAACGAUUUCGCUCGUGCUAAGCUUGAUAGUUUGGUAUAUCGUGGAUGGUAAGACCGCUGGUGUGAUCGUUUUUCUGUAUCUCGCCAACGUCUUCGAGUACUACUUCUAUAUCAAGUUCCCACAGUAUUUCGGAGCAUCUGUCAUAUCUAUUGUUACUCUGAAUGUCAUCAUUGGCUACGAGCUACAGGUCCGCAAAUUGGGAUUCCCCGAGGCAACUUCGAACGGCCAACCAUACUACCCGAUCUACCUGUUCGGCCCGUAUAAGUUAGCAGCUGUUGCAGCCGGCUGCGCGAUUUCCUUCUUCUGGGUCAUAUUCCCAUACCCAAUAACAGCCAAGUCUCAACUGCGAAAGGUACUCGGACGAAGCCUAUUUGUCCUGGCCAAAUUUUACAGCUGCAUGCAUAAAACCAUCGAAUUAUGGUUCAGUGCCGAGUUAGGGAGCCUGGCGGAUUCAAAUUCUCCCGCCAAAAGUCUCCAAGCAUCGCGUCGCAAGAUCUUCAAAGAAGAAAUGUUACUUCUCGCCAGUCUUCGUGCACAUAGUCACUUCAGCACAUACGAGCCACCUAUUGGUGGCAAAUUUCCGAAACAGAUCUACGACAACAUCAUCGCUGAGAUCCAACGCAUAUUGACCAGCAUGUCGUUGAUGGCCCAUACCACGCAAAGCCUUGAAGCGCUAGUCGUUGAGUCGGAUCAUUCCUCUCCAGAAACAGACAAUCAGUGGAUGUCCCAGCUCGCAGAGAUCGCGCUGAAGUCAACAGAUUUCAAUUCUCAUCGCAUCACCUCGUUGCUCUGUCAUCUUUCUGCGGCGAUCACGAACGGCCAACCUUUACCACCGUAUCUGUCUACACCAGACUCAUUCCCGCUCGCACGUCAAAUGCAGAAAAUUGACGGGGAGCUACUGAGCAUUCGGCACAUUGAAGACCCGGCCUUUUCAGCUUUUGUCUCGUUGGAGGUGCUGAGGUCGGUGGUUAGUUUCAGCCUUCAGGAUCUCAUUGAGUAUGUAUUGCUUUUGAUCAUGCUCUGA